UAGGCACUUCCUGUCCCACCCACAUUCUCGUGUCGCUUCCGGGUGGCCACACAACAAGACCUCCUCCAGCAGCGAGCCGCCGUCAGUUCACUAUCUUAUACAACUCUAAACUAAAGUUACUAAACGGGUAAACUUCACCAACGAGCUACACAGAAAGACAUGCAUAUCAAAACAGGUACAUGGGAAGCCAGCAACACCGUGUGUGAGUCCGAUACCCUGUGUGAUCCAGCAGUCCUCGUCGCAGCCACCAACUCAGAGCCACACAUUCGCAACCGUCGUCUGUCUCCUGGCUCUGGAAACUGUGGAGGCGGAGGAGGCGGAGGCUGCAUCUCCGGAGGUGACCAGCCCCGGCAGCUUUCACCCGAAGGAGACCUGAUCGGACCCGGACCCGGACACGCCUUCAGCUUCCGCAGGGAACGCAGGGGCCCGCAGCACAAAGGCCGCAGCCUCCGCAGGGAAAGUCAGAAGGGGGUCGGGCGAGCGGGCGACCGGCCGCAAAAGGUUAACCAAAAAGAGAGGUGGGUGGAGGACAGUCUGUCACUGCUCAAGCCACCACCUGCCUUCCCGGUGCAGGACAGCCCCGCCAAGCUGCAGCCCGCCGUCAGCUACGCCUCCAAGGUGAAGGCGGGAGCGGCAAGCGGAGGGCUCGAGGAGGACCGCCCUGCCAUCGGCGUGCUGCUACAGAACCAGUGGGGUCUCAGUUUCAUCAGCGAGGCGAGGCCCGCCACGGAGGGCCCCGGCCCUCGCCCCGCCACCAACGCCCUCCCUCCCCAGCCCACAGACGCCGAACAAUCAGCAGAGCUACAGUUCGAGACAAUUCUCACAGUCCAGCCCCCCGGAGAAACGCCUAUUCCAGUCGCUACCUCCGUCGCCGCCACCACACGCCCAGAGGUGGACGAGAGCAACGGGAAGCUGCUGCUCAGCUGUCGCCAUCUAGUGGAGGCUUUGAACUAUCACAGUAGAGAAUGGAACGCUAUCUGCAACAAACAGAAAAAAGUUCCAAAAAAGGUGAUCUGGUACAAGGACACCAAGGGGCACCCAGCCUAGCAGUGUGACAAACCCAAAGCAUAUAUAAACAAGUAUCCAACACACACACACAUGUACACACCUACAUGCACAUUAAAACACGUAAAGAUGGACAAAUUUAUGAGUCCCGUUCACACACACUGCACUCAGGAUGAUGUCUUCACGCAAAGCCACACUGAGACACUUUGGACUAACUCCUUUGAGAUCUUACAGCAAUGGACUUUUUUAACGCCUUACAGAAAGCCUGCCUUAAUUAAUCAGACCUGUUUUCAUUGCCUCUCAUCACCAUUUUUAGCUUGUAUGUGUAGAGCUGGUCUUUUUUAAGAAAAAAAAUACUAUCUCUGAGGAGCUGUAAUUUAAUUUCCCCCCCUUUUUGAAAGCUGCAGUUUUAUCACUCAUUUUUUUGUCCUCUGUUAAGCGAGUGGUCAAUCAAGCACUUUGUUAGAAAAUCUAUUGUGACCAAUCCCCCCUGUGUGCGAGAAACCCUCACCAGAGUGAUUUAUUUCCCCCCCCUUCUUGAUUACAAACAGAAGAAUGUCUUGUACCUGCUUGAGUUUUAUGGUUCAUGUGUGCAGAGGACUUGAGUUUACAGAGGGGUGUAGUCAAAGGCACAGUAGAGUUCACCCUUUACCCGUCACAUCUUGAUGCUGUGUCCCUUUUUGUUUUUAUUUGGUUCCCCAAUCGGGUGAAUGUUACUCAUAAAUCCAUAAGGGAUCUUACCAUGUUCAGUAUGUUGAUUUUUGAAAAGAAAAUUUAUUGAAUAAAAAAAAAUUUACACUGGAGAAAGAGGAGGAAUGUAAGUGAACAGUAUUGCUUAAUAAAAAUGAAUAAACUUGACAAGUCUGUCUUUUUUUUACUUGAAGUUCAGAUUUAAUAUCCCCCUCCCUGACAGUACAAGUGCACGAUAACUGACAACAAUACGCAAUUUGUAACCCAACUUAAACAGAAAAUCUUUAUCAAAUAAUAAAUGGUAAAAGUACAGAAAAAAUGUUUUGUCAUUGAAAAGCGUCAGUAAUAUUGUAACUCUGACCUCUCCCCUCAACUGUUUCAGAUGAACAGUUCAGGGAACUAUGGGUCAUGUCUAGAAGGGACCCCGCAAACUGUGAAAUCUGAUUUGAGAUCUGCAAAAACUCGGCAUUAAAUGCCCGACAUUAACCCCCGCAAGGCCGAUGCCCGACAUUAACUGUUGGAUGCCUAUGCCCGACAUUAACCCCUCGAAGUCGAUGUCCGACAUUAACCCCGCGAGGUCGAUGCCAGACAUUUACCACUUAAGGUCGAUGCCCGACCUUAACCCUGCGAGGCCUAUCCCCGACAUUUACCACUUAAGGUCGAUGCCGACAUUAACCGUCAGAGGUCAAUGCCAAACUUUAACAGUCUCGCGAGAGUUUCCCCAGUUUGC